GCUCCAAAUAAGGAUAGUGUAAAGAAAAUGGCAAAUCCAUUCUCUUUCCUCUUCCUGUUUUGUUUUCUCUCUCCAGCCCUUGUUUACUCUUCAUCAAUUCAAGACCCUGAACUUGUUGUGCAAGAUGUGCACAGGAGCAUCAAUGCCUCUAGGAGAAACUUGGCUUAUCUCUCCUGUGCAACCGGCAACCCCAUCGACGAUUGCUGGCGGUGCGAUCCCAACUGGGAAAACAACCGGCAGCGUUUAGCCGACUGCGCCAUUGGCUUUGGAAAGAAUGCAAUCGGAGGAAAGAAUGGUCGAAUUUACGUGGUCACCGACUCCGGCGACGAUGACGCCGUGAACCCUAAGCCGGGCACUCUCCGUCAUGCUGUAAUACAAAAUGAACCUCUAUGGAUCAUCUUCAAACGAGACAUGGUCAUCCAGCUGAAACAAGAGCUUGUCAUGAACUCAUUCAAGACCAUUGAUGGUAGGGGUGCGAGUGUUCACAUAGCUGGUGGGCCAUGUAUUACCAUUCAUUAUAUAACUAACAUCAUCAUACAUGGCAUCCACAUACAUGAUUGUAAACAGGGAGGGAAUGCUAAUAUAAGAAACUCUCCUCAACAUUCUGGGUGGUGGACUCAAUCGGACGGUGAUGGGGUGUCCAUUUUUGGAGGAAAGCAUAUAUGGGUUGAUCAUUGUUCUUUGUCUAAUUGCCAUGAUGGACUCAUAGAUGCCAUACAUGGUUCCACAGCCAUCACCAUUUCUAACAACUACAUGACUCAUCACGACAAGGUCAUGCUCUUGGGACACAGUGAUUCAUACACUGAAGACAGCGACAUGCAAGUCACCAUUGCCUUCAACCAUUUUGGUGAAGGACUAGUGCAAAGGAUGCCUAGAUGUAGACAUGGGUAUUUUCAUGUGGUAAACAAUGACUAUACCCAUUGGGAAUUGUACGCCAUAGGAGGGAGCGCAGCCCCUACCAUCAACAGCCAAGGCAAUAGAUUUCUUGCACCCGACGUUAGAUUCAGGAAAGAGGUAACCAAACACGAGGAAGCACCGGAAAGUGAAUGGAGGAACUGGAACUGGAGGUCAGAGGGGGAUUUGAUGUUGAACGGCGCCUACUUCAGGCAGUCCGGGGCCGGUGCAUCGUCGACUUACGCCAGGGCUUCUAGCUUAAGUGCUAGACCAUCUUCGCUUGUUGGUUCAAUGACCACAACUGCUGGUGCACUGAACUGCAAGAGGGGCUCCAGAUGCUAAAACGUACGAAUUGCAAGUCCCAAUUAGGAAACUUAAUAAUUCCUAGUCUUCUCUUCUGUUGCUUUCAAAACCAUUGCCUAGUUGUUGAAAGUCUCGUCUGACUAAAGACAACAAGUGCAGUUAGUGUUGAUUAAUGAAAUUUAAGUGUUUUAUUCGUUU